AUGAACAGAGAAAGAAGAAAAACGGAAAAUCAGAGGAGGGAUGGAGACAGAGGACAGUGGACAAAUAAAACUGAAUAUAUUCUGGUUGUUGCAGGAAACGUAGUCGGUUUGGGUAAUGUGUGGAGAUUUCCUUACCUCUGCUACAAGAACGGUGGAGGUGCUUUUCUGGUGCCAUACGGUCUGUUAGCUGUGGUGUGUGGGAUUCCUCUGUUCCUGCUGGAGACUUCAAGUGGUCAGUACACCCAGGAAGGAUUCAUCACCUGCUGGAGGAAACUGUGUCCACUGGCACAAGGAAUAGGAUAUGGUCAAGCCGUGAUGAAACUUUAUGACUUCAGCUUCAUUAUAGUCCAAGUCUGGGCUCUCUUCUACCUGGUGUUUUCAUUCACAUCUCAGCUCCCCUGGGCCAACUGUGAAAACACCUGGAAUACAGUUAACUGUAUAGGUCUUCAGGUUUUGGAUUCUUCUGCACCAAACAUGACAACAAACCAGACCAUGUUGACCAACACCACCUCUGCUGCCACUGAGUUCUGGGAACGACGUGUGCUGGCCAUGUCUGGAGGCAUUGAGGAGCUGGGCAGUGUGAGAUGGGAGCUGGCUCUGUGUCUUCUGGCCUGUUGGGUGUUCUGUUACUUCAGUAUCUGGAAAGGUGUCAGAUCUUCUGGAAAGGUAGCAUAUUUCACUGCCACUUUCCCCUACGUGAUGCUCCUCAUACUGCUCAUCAGGGGACUGACUCUACCUGGAGCAUGGGAAGGAAUCUACUUUUACCUCUAUCCAGACAUGACCCGUCUGGCUAACCUUGAGGUCUGGGUAGAGGCAGGAUCUCAAAUAUGCUUCUCCUACAGCAUUUCCUCAGGUAUUCUAACUGUUCUGGGCAGCUACAAUCGGCACAACAACAACUGUUACAAAGACUGCUUUUGGAUCUGUUUACUGAACAGUGGGACCAGCUUUGUUGCUGGAUUUGUCGUCUUCUCUGUGCUUGGAUUCAUGGCACAGAAACAGGGUGUUACCGUUGACAAUGUAGCCGAGUCCGGUCCAGGUUUGGUCUUCGUUGUCUACCCUCAGGCUACAGCUAUGAUGCCUGUUCCACAGUUCUGGAGCGUCUGCUUUUUCCUGAUGCUCUUUUUCCUCAGCGUUGACACUCAUUUUGUGACAGUCGAGUGUUUUAUCACCUCAAUAAGCGACUUGUUUCCGAAGCUGUUGCGUGCAGCAGGACGGUCUGAAAUCUUUGCUCUCUUCAUCUGUUUGCUCUUCUUCCUCAUACAUCUGACCUUGGUUACUGAGGGAGGGAUCUACAUAUUCCAGCUCUAUGAUUAUUAUGGUUGUACCAGAGCUUGUCAUUAUUGUAUGGCUUUAUCUGAGUGUCUGGCUCUGGCCUGGAUUUUUGGUGCUGACCGUGUUAUUAAAAACAUUGAGGACAUGACGGGACAGAGACCAUCUGUUUUCUUCAAACUGUGCUGGAAAUACAUCAUUCCUCUGCUGUCACUGAUUUCCUUCAUCUUGUACCUGGUUGGUUACACACACCUCAAGAUUAAUAACUACGUUUACCCUGACUGGGCGUACACACUGGGAUGGACCAUGACUCUCUCCUCUGUUCUCAUGGUGCCACUGUGGGCAGCUGGACAGAUGUGUUUGACACCAGGAACCUUCAGACAGCGUUUGUACGUCCUUUGUCGUCCUGCUGAAGAUCCAGCCUGGAAGAGAAGAGAAAUGGAAGAGGAGGGGACGACAGUGGAACUGAGGACGUCUGCAGUGACAGCUUAA